AUGGUGGCUCAUCCGACUCUCAAGGCUACCUACGCCUCGAGGGCUGCCACAGCCACUCAUCCUCUCAACGCCUAUCUCUUCAAGUUAAUGGAUCUCAAAGCCUCAAAUCUCUGCCUGAGUGCUGAUGUUGCUACCGCUCGCGAGCUCCUCUACUUUGCCGACAAGAUCGGCCCCGCCAUUGUCGUCCUCAAGACCCAUCACGACAUGGUCUCGGGAUGGGACUUUCAUCCCGAGACCGGUACCGGCGCCAAACUUGCUGCUCUGGCACGCCGUCAUGGCUUUCUCAUCUUCGAGGAUCGCAAGUUUGGAGACAUUGGCAACACGGUAGAGCUGCAGUACACCAGCGGCUCCGCCCGCAUCAUUGAGUGGGCUCACAUUGUCAACGUCAACAUGGUUCCCGGCAAAGCCUCCGUCGCCUCACUGGCCAACGCUGCAUCAAGGUGGCUUGAGCGCUACCCCUGUGAGGUUCGAACUUCGGUCACCGUCGGUACCCCCACCACAGACCAGUUUGAGGAAGAGGAGGACAUUGACGUCGCGCCAGCCACUGAAGAUUUGCCUCCUGUGUCUCGACGAGAGGAUGGUCGUAAGGGGAGCAUCGUUUCUGUCACCACCGUCACACAAAAAUAUGAAUCUGCGCUGUCGCCGCGCAUGAGCAAGAGCAUCAGCGAAAGUGAUGAGAUACUGUUUUCUGGUAUCGAGGAGGCUCCCCUGGAGCGUGGUCUGCUCAUCCUCGCGCAAAUGUCGAGUCAGGGCAAUUUUAUGAACAAGGAGUAUACACAGGCCUGCGUUGAGGCUGCUCGCGAACACAAGGACUUUGUCAUGGGCUUCGUGUCACAAGAGGCUCUCAACACCCAGGAAGACGACGCUUUUGUGCACAUGACGCCCGGUUGCCAGUUGCCGCCCCAAGGCGACACCAACGGCACGCUCAAGGGUGACGGCAAGGGUCAGCAAUACAACACUCCUUCGGACAUCAUUGGCGUUGCUGGCUCCGAUAUCGCCAUCGUUGGCCGAGGCAUUAUCAAGGCCAAUGACCCCUUCGAGGAGGCUGAGCGAUACAGAUCUGCCGCAUGGAAAGCAUACACCGAGAGGGUGCGGUGA